AUGAAGAAGCGAGACUUGUAUAGAAUCACCGGCGAUAACAGUAUUUUAUCCGUACAACCCUUCGAUUUUGCAGAGCUGAGGAGAGAAGAAGGAAGGGAAAAAUGGCUGAAAAAGCAUGGAAAUCGAGGGAAAGCGAAGACGAUGAGAAUGGUAAACAAAACAGUAUCAGCGUUCGUGGCAUGCAAUUCGCAUACGAAGGGCAGCAUCCUCUCUUCUACGAUUUCAAUCUCAACAUUCCUCCCGGAUCUCGCUGCCUACUCGUGGGCGCCAAUGGAUCCGGGAAGACUACUUUGUUGAAGAUUUUAGCGGGUAAGCAUAUGGUGGGAGGAAGGGAUGUUGUCCGAGUGCUAAAUCGUUCGGCUUUUCAUGACACUCAAUUGGUUUGUGGUGGUGAUUUGGCCUAUCUAGGUGGUUCUUGGAGUAAAACCGUUGGAUCCGCUGGAGAGAUUCCUCUCCAGGGUGACUUCUCUGCAGAACAUAUGAUAUUUGGAGUCGAAGGGGUUGAUCCUGCUAGGAGAGAAAAGUUGAUUGACUUGCUUGAUAUUGAUCUAGAAUGGCGUAUGCAUAAGGUAUCAGAUGGGCAGCGGCGUAGAGUCCAGAUUUGUAUGGGUCUUCUUGUCCCAUUUAAGGUUCUUUUACUCGACGAGGUCACAGUUGACCUGGAUGUUGUUGCCAGGAUGGAUUUGCUUGAGUUCUUCAGGGAAGAAUGUGAACAGAGGGGAGCUACACUUGUAUAUGCAACUCAUAUAUUUGAUGGACUGGAAACAUGGGCAACACAUCUGGCUUACAUCCAGGAUGGUGAAUUGAGGAAGUCUGAGAAGUUAACAGAUGUUCAUGAGUUGAAAAGUUCUGCCAAUCUGCUUUCUGUUGUCGAGUCCUGGCUCCGGUCUGAAACCAAACAUGAGAAAAAGAAACCCACCAACCCUCCUGCUCAAAACCAAAAAACCUCUCCCUUUGGUACUUCUCCUUUUAUGUCAUCCAGGCACAUGGCAUAUUACCGAUAAUCCUUCUCAAAAUAAUUUUCUCUUACACUUCAGUUUCAAAAUAGAAGUAAACACCCAAGAAAAUUGGGGAAACGAUCAAGUGAGGGCAUCAUUUCAAAUGAAGGAAAGCCAAAGAUACCCAGGAGGCCAGGAAUCUAAAAAAAAAAAAGGGGAAACCUAUAGCCGUUUGUUCACUAAUGAAAUAUAGUCUGAAUGUAUACGGAUUGUUCAAAUAACAUUGAAAUUCUCUUUUCCUUGGUUGUCUGCAGAAAUGGAUUGUUCAAAUAACAUUGAAAUUCUCUUUUCCUUAGUUGUCUGCAGAAAUGGGGAUAGCUCAUCGCAGAUAGGAAAACACCUACUGGCUUUUGGUCUGGUGGUGAUACAAUAGGUAAACUUCUAACUAGUGUUCCCUGAGCAAUUGUUGUUUGUAAUAUUAUUCAUGAGCAUGUUAGUAAUAAAAAAUAGCUUUGAGAUUCA